AUCAUUUGAGGCUGGUGAAUGGCAGCAGCCCCUGUGCCGGGAGAGUGGAGGUUUACCACGAUGGGCAAUGGGGCACAGUGUACGGUUCUGGCUGGGAUCUGAAGGCCGCGGCUGUGGUGUGUAAGGAGUUGGGCUGUGGAGCCGCGCUCUCAGCACCAGGAGACGCUCACUUUGGCGAAGGCACUAGUCCCAAAUUGACGUAUAAUGCUCAGUGCAAAGGGAACGAGUCUGCUCUGAGGGAUUGCGAAUCAGACAGGGGUGAAGAUUCCGUGUUUUCGAAGUACUCUAAGUCCACUGAAUCAGAGCAUGAUUACUAUGAGUACUUUUCGUCAGACUCCUCUCAUGCCGGCGUCAUCUGCUCAGAUCGUUUGAGGCUGGUGAAUGGCAGCAGCCCGUGUGCCUGGAGAGUGGAGGUUUACCACGAUGGGCAAUGGGGCACAAUGAAUCGCAAUGGCUCUGGUGGCUAUGGUUGGGAUAUGUUGGACGCGGCUGUGGUGUGUAAGCAGUUGGGCUGUGGAGCCGCGCUGUCAGCAUCAGGAGACGCUCACUUUGGCGAAGGCUCAGAUCCCGUUGUGACGGAUCAUGUUCAGUGCAGUGGGAGUGAGUCUACUCUGAGGGAUUGUCAGUCUCAGCCCUGGGGUCACUAUUCCUGGUUUCCGCACUCCUCUGAUGCCGGCGUCAUCUGCUCAGGUAAAGCAGAUCAUUUGAGGCUGGUGAAUGGCAGCAGCCCCUGUGCCGGGAGAGUGGAGGUUUACCACGAUGGGCAAUGGGGCACAGUGCACGGUUCUGGCUGGGAUCUGAAGGCCGCGGCUGUGGUGUGUGAGGAGUUGGGCUGUGGAGCCGCACUCUCAGCACCAGGAGACGCUCACUUUGGCGAAGGCACUAGUCCCAAAUUGAUGUAUAAUGCUCAGUGCAAAGGGAACUAGUCUGCUCUGAGGGAUUGCGAAUCAGACAGGGGUGAAGAUUCCGUGUUUUCGAAGUACUCUAUGUCCACUGAAUCAGAGCAUGAUUACUAUGCGUACUUUUCGUCAGACUCCUCUCAUGCCGGCGUCAUCUGCUCAGAUCGUUUGAGGCUGGUGAAUGGCAGCAGCCCGUGUGCCUGGAGAGUGGAGGUUUACCACGAUGUGCAAAGGGGCACAAUGAAUCGCAAUGGCUCUGGUGGCUAUGGUUGGGAUAUGUUGGACGCGGCUGUGGUGUGUAAGCAGUUGGGCUGUGGAGCCGCGCUGUCAGCAUCAGGAGACGCUCACUUUGGCGAAGGCUCAGAACCCGUUGUGACGGAUCAUGUUCAUUGCAGAGGGAAUGAGUCUACUCUGUGGGACUGUCAGUCUCAGCCCUGGGGUCACUAUUCCUGGUCGCACUCCUCUGAUGCCGGCGUCAUCUGCUCAGAUUAUCUCAGGCUGGUGAAUGGCGGCAGCCCAUGUGCCGGGAGAGUGGAGGUCUACCACGAUGGAGAGUGGGGCACAGUGAAUGGCUAUGGCUCUGGUGACAGUGUUUGGGAUAUGUUGGACGCGGCUGUGGUGUGUAAGGAGUUGGGCUGUGGAGCCGCGCUGUCAGCAUCAGGAGACGCUCACUUUGGGAAGGGCUCAGGUCCCGUUGUGACGCAUAAUGUUCAGUGCAGAGGGA